UUCAAUUCAUCUCAAUCUCAUUCAUCUUGAGUGUGCUUUGAGUGGUUCGUAUGCUGUUUCGCGUUUUGUCGAAUUUGUUAUUGUUUAGUGCAGUGUAAUUACAAAUAAAACUUUAAAAUGAAGAUUGAAGAGGUCAAGAGCACUGCUAAGACACAAAGAAUAUCAGCACACACCCAUGUUAAAGGACUGGGUUUAGAUGAAAAUGGGGUUCCAAUUCAAAUGGCAGCCGGUCUCGUGGGGCAAGAAAACGCGAGAGAGGCUGCGGGUGUGGUCGUGGACAUGAUCAGGAGCAAGAAAAUGGCUGGACGCGCGCUACUGCUGGCCGGGCCACCAGGAACAGGCAAAACUGCCAUCGCCUUAGCCAUAGCACAGGAACUCGGCAACAAAGUGCCAUUCUGCCCCAUGGUCGGAAGCGAAGUGUACAGCACAGAGAUCAAGAAAACUGAGGUGUUAAUGGAGAACUUCCGACGUGCCAUUGGUCUGCGCAUCCGUGAAACGAAGGAGGUGUAUGAGGGGGAGGUGACGGAGUUUACUCCAGUGGAGACUGAGAACCCAGCGGGUGGAUAUGGAAAAACAGUAUCUCAUGUGAUCAUCGGGCUGAAGACGGCCAAAGGCACAAAGCAGCUGAAACUUGACCCCACCAUCUAUGAAUCACUCCAGAAGGAAAAGGUGGAAGUCGGAGAUGUUAUCUACAUUGAAGCCAAUUCUGGAGCCGUGAAGAGGCAGGGGAGAAGUGACACAUUCGCCACCGAGUUUGAUCUUGAGGCGGAGGAGUAUGUGCCGCUGCCCAAAGGCGACGUCCACAAGAAGAAGGAAGUGGUCCAGGACGUGACGCUGCACGACCUGGACUGCGCCAACGCGCGCCCGCAGGGCGGCCACGACAUCAUGUCCAUGAUGGGGCAGCUCAUGAAGCCCAAGAAGACGGAGAUCACCGAUAAACUAAGAAAGGAGAUCAACAAAGUAGUAAAUAAAUACAUCGACCAGGGAAUUGCUGAAUUGGUGCCUGGAGUUCUAUUCAUCGAUGAGGUGCACAUGCUGGACAUCGAGACGUUCACGUACCUGCACCGCGCGCUGGAGUCCGCCAUCGCGCCCAUCGUCAUCUUCGCCACCAACAGGGGGCGCUGUCUCAUAAGAGGCACUGAAGACAUCGUGUCCCCGCACGGCAUUCCCCUGGACCUGCUGGACAGGUUACUGAUCAUCCGCACGCUGCCUUACAAUAAGUCUGAGCUGCUGCAGAUCCUGAAGCUGCGCGCCACGACGGAGGGCAUCGCCGUCGAGGACGACGCGCUGGCCGCGCUGGCCGACGUCGGCGCCGGCACCACGCUCAGGUACGCGGCGCAGCUGCUGACGCCGGCCAGCCUGGCGGCGCGCGCGGACGGCGCCGCCCGCGUGGCGCCGGCGCACGUGGCCGCCGUGGCCGCGCUGUUCCUCGACGCCAAGUCCUCCGCGCGCAUCCUCACGCUGCACCCCGACAAGUACAUGCAGUAGGAACACCACUCCACGUGAUGCAGCCGGCGACGGACUAUAGUAGCCCAUAUCCACACUCAAUGCGGCGACGUGGCGUCGAAACGAAACACUUGCCCCGAGGCCCCCGCCCCACCCGGCGUACGAGAUUGAACCCGUAUUACGUGAAAAAAACCUCGGCACCCGAUGGAUUAAAUUCGAAACCAAACGGUUUUAUAUUAUGAGGAAGUGUUUUGCGAACGAAACCUAACUUGACCUCGAGGAAUUCAAACCUAUAUUUUCACCAAUUGCGCGUGCAUUUCGUUCGUACUUAUCCGGACAUGUAUUGGUGAGAGCGAGACGCACGGGCCACAAUAUAAGUUUAAAUUGGCCUCCUGGGUCAACAAGAUUCCAAUUGUUAACGCUCGGUAGCGAACGAAACGCAACUGUCUCUGUCGCACUAAUAUGGAAGACUGAUCGAAAGAGAACUACGCUACAAAGCGUGAACGAUUGGCAUCUUGUCUACGCACCCUGGCCCUGUAAAUACUAUUUUGUUCUUAUUUUAUAUUUUUCAUCAUCAUCACUUAGCAUUCUCUAAUCUUUUGACAUUCUAGUUAUGUGACUUCGGUAACAUUAUUGUGUACGAUUAUAUUUUUUGUUCAAAAGUGAAAGCAGUUAUUUAGUUAUAUGAAUGAAGUGCUUUCAAUUUA